UUGUUGCAGUGAACGGGAAAUCCAGUGCAUUCAUGAAGAUACUUUCGCGCAAAUGCUAUAUGUCUGACUGGCUCAACAUCCUUAGUCAUUAAAGUGCGCGGUAAAAGCAAGAAGCACAACAAAAACAUGUGGUUGUUGCCUUAAAGUAUUGGCAGAGAGACACACCCCUCUCCACACACUUGCGUCUGUUUCAAGUCGACUCCGACCAUGGGGUUGCGGUCGGAGCAGAAAAAGCACUUUCCACUUCGAGGGAUCGAUGGAGUAGUAAAACUGUUCGAGGCUGAGCUACGAAACCCGGAACCGGACCUGGCUUUAUUGUCUCUUGUUUUGGGCUUUGUGGAGCACUUCUUGGCCGUAAACAGAGUAAUCCCAAUCAACGUGCCUGGGGUGCGCUUCGAGCCCCUUCAGCCAGACUGCCCGAACUCCUGCUUCCCCGUUGUUGAACUGGGUCUGCUGACGGCCCUGCACGAGCGCUUCACAGCUCAGAUCCGUGGCGCGGUGGACCUGACCCGUUACCGGAGGUCGGGUGGCAUCUCCAGUCGGGAGUUGGUUAACAAAGUGUCUGACGUCAUUUGGAACAGUCUCAGUCGAUCCUACUUCAAGGACCGUGCUCACAUCCAAUCGCUUUUCAGUCUAAUCACUGGCACUAAGUUGGACAGCUCAGGGGUGGCUUUUGCAGUGGUCGCCGCCUGUCAGGUCCUGGGACUUCGUGAUGUUCACCUGGCUCUCUCAGAGGACCAUGCGUGGGUCAUCUUCGGCAAAGAUGGCGAGGACACUGCUGAGGUCACGUGGCACGGGAAAGGGAAUGAGGAUCGGAGGGGUCAAACUGUCACCGCUGGAGUGAACGAAAGGGUGAAUGUCAAUGAAAGUUGGCUCUAUUUGAAAGGCUCGUACAUGAAGUGUAACCGCAACAUGGAGGUGGCUUUCAUGGUGUGUGCCAUCAACCCCUCUCUGGACCUGCACACGGACAGCACAGAGCUUCUGCAGCUGCAACAGAGGCUUUUGUGGCUGCUCUACGAAAGAGGAGAUUUGGAAAAAUACCCUAUGGCCAUGGGCACACUAGCAGACCUGGAGGACCAGGAGCCCAUCAGUGGUAAAGAGAGUCCCUUGAACAUCCACUUGAAGGCCGUGGAGUCAGCCAAGAAGUACUACAACAACGAGCACAUCUACCCAUUCAUGUACUUGGCUGGGUACCACUACAGACACCGCAACGUGCAGGACGCCCUGGGGUCAUGGGCUGAGGCCGCCACCGUCAUGCAGGACUACAACUACUGCCGUGAGGAUGAGGAGAUCUAUAAGGAGUUCUUUGACAUCGCCAAUGACGUCAUCCCCACGCUCCUGAAGGAGACUGUCGUGGAGGGCGGGGCUGAGGGUGCAGAGGGCACAGCGGAGAAGUCUGAGAAGGACUCCCCAAGACAGGCUGCCGUUCUCUCAGCACUCCAAGACCCAGAAUGCUUUGCGCACCUGCUGCGUUUCUAUGACGGCAUCUGUAAGUGGGAAGAGGGGAGCCCCACACCUGUGCUGCAUGUGGGCUGGGCCACCUACCUGGUGCAGUCGCUCAGUCGCUUCGACGCCCAGGUGAGACAGAAAGUCUCCAUCAUCACCAAAGAGGCCGAGACCCAGGACGAUGAUGACCAGUCGAGCGACGAUCCGCGUGAGGGCCGGCGCCGGGGCCCUCGCCGCGAGUCGAAACUGGACGAGCAGCCUCAAGCCCUCCCCCCUGGCCAGACGCCUUCCGCAGGCCAGACACCCGUACCCCCGCCCGCCCAGCCAACCAACGCCGCUGCCGCCACCACCGCGAAAAAGAUCGCUGAUGGCGGGGCCCGGAGGCGCUCCUCUCAAGGGGGAGCCCGUGGCGCAGAGACGUCCGAGGCCAAAACCCGCGCCAGCACGCCGAGUCCCACCCCUUCCUGUACCCAGCAGGCCGUGGGGCUGGGCGCCGGCCCCGUGGUGACCUUCACAAGCGAGAAGAUGAAGGGCAUGAAGGAGCUGCUGUCGGCGGCCAAGGUGAACUCUAGCGCCAUCAAGCUGCAGCUGACGGCGCAGUCGCAGGUGCAGCUGAAGCGGCAGAAGCCCUCGGCGUCUGGCGACUACACGCUGUCCUUCAUGAAGCGCCCGCGCAAGACGCUGUAGGGCAGUGGCAGCGGCCGCCAGAACAACAGCACAGAGAGAGAGAUGGGGUGAGAGAGAGAUGGGGUGAGAGAGAGAGAUGGGAGGAGGAAGACCACAACAGGCCAGGCCAGCUAGUUUCUGUGUUGACCAGCACCAUGACUUUGUGACGUGGAAGAGCUCUGCUUGUGGGAUUUCCUGGAAAUGUGCUGUCCUGCUUUUUUUGUCCUUAAAGGCUUGUGGUUAACCUCCUGAAUAGGGAUUAGAGUUGCCCUGCGGCUCUUUUGUGUUUUUACUGUGAAAGCAUAGGGGAGUCUGUGUCGAGUUAAUCAGGAUUUUUUCAAAUGAUUCCCAUACUUUCAAUUGAUGUGACUGACCAUACAUUGAGUUUAUUCCACUGUGCAGAGUCUGAGACAUGAAGGGGUUGUAUUUUUGUGACUAGGCUCUCCAUAAACUUAUGGGAAUGUUUGACUGACAAACCAAAGUCACUUGUUAUGAGAGUGUGUUUAUUUUUUAGCAUUUAUAAAAAGUGAUUUAUUUUUUGAUGCUUUGGUAUUAGUGACGCUCUUCAGAUGAAAUCUGUAGGUUAUUCUACAUGUUGGUGUCCUAGCACUUUUUACAUUUUCAUCUGUACCUUUAAGCUUCAUAAACUAACGUUUUCAUUUUAGUUGUUGCCAUAAUUGUGCAUGUAAUAUCCGUAUAGUGGCCUUUAGUGUAACGCAAUCUAAUGUUACUAAAACAUAGCAUUUUGCAGUCUUGGGGUUUCCAUUGUGAUUGCAAUGAAGUCUCAUUGUUAGUUGAGUAAACGAAUAAAGUUCAUAGUGUUGACAUUA